AUGGGGCCCCCUACUGACCCCGGGCCCUCAGGCAGUGCCCGAGUUUCCAAAUGGUCAGUCCGCCUCUGAUGUCGGCUCGGUCAUGUGAUCAGCUGUGUCCAAUCACAGCUGAUCACAUCUGUCACACUGACAGCUCGAGAGGACAGCCGGGGACAUGUACACUGAUCAUCAGGGCACUGAUGAUCAGUGUGCCUUGAUGAUCAGUGUAGCCCCAGCAGCGCCACUUGUCAGUGUCCAUCAGUGCCUUGUGUCAGUGCUCAUCAGUGUCUCGUGCCAGUUCCCAUCAAUGCCACAUAUCAGUGCCCAUCUUAGCUGCCUUUCAGUGUCCCCCAUCAGUGCCAGUCAGUGCCACCUAUCAAUGCCAAUCAGUGGCACCUAUCAGUGCCAGUCAGUGCCGCCUAUCAGUGCCAGUCAGUGCCACCUAACAGUGCCAGUCAGUACCGCCUAUCAGUGCCAGUCAUUGCCGCCUAUCAGUGCUGCCUUUCAGUGCCCAUCAGUGAUGCCUGUUAAUGCCCAUCAGUGCCACCUACCAGUGCCUCCUCAUCAGUGCCCAUCAGUGCCACCUAUCAUUGUCCAUCAGUGCAGCCUAUCUGUGCCCAUCACUGCAGCUUCAUUAGUGCAUAUCAGUGAAGGAGAAAAAUCACUUAUUUACAAAAUUUUAUAACAAACACUAAGAAGAAACUUUUUUUUUUCAAAAUUUUCAGUGGUUUUUGGUUUGUUUAAGAAAAAAUAA